AUGGCCUCCUCUCGUUUGUAAACUGUCUUAUGUUCUUCUUAUGGUCACUGGACCAGUGAAGCGGGUUUGUGGUAUGCUUCUUGGUUGUAACCAGGGGUAUUGUGUGAGAGGGGUCCUGUCAAGUUUCACAACUUGUUCCUGUAACCUUUUCUGAAAAAGAUGGACAGCAAACAUGUACCAUGCUGAUGCACCCCGCAGAGCAGGAAAGAGGCGUUAAAGGUGGUUUAUAGCACAAAUAACACUGUAGCAGAUGUCUGCGGAGGCUGCCUCUGUACCCCUGACUGCGCUGGCCUGGGCUUCAGGCAGCAGCACGUGUCCCAGCGAUUUUAAACUGAUUUCUACGACUUUCGAUGGAUCGAGUGCUAACUUCGGGAAGGGAUUCGGGAUGAAGUCGAGUUACUACCUCUGCUGCAGUUCGAAACCCCAGGGCAGCGCCAUCGUGGAUAUCCAGUUUGUCUCGGAGAAGGAAUCCGUGCCUUUUGGAUUCUAUUCCAUCGCAGAGUUCCUGGAGCCCCGGGCGUCCAUUUCCAAGAAGAAGCGUCUGUGUGUGAAGUCCGUCUCCUUCAACACUGCAGACGUGGCUGUGCUGGAUGUGCAGCUGACAGCCAAGAGCAAAGUGAUCCUGCCACACUACACAUGCAUCGGUGACAUGAAUGGCUUCGUGCUGUGGUGCAAGAAGGGGAGGGUGAGACCUCUGCCCAAACCCCGUAGCAUCAAUCUGGACGUGAGGGAGCUGUCGCUGGAGAAGGAGGAGGCGGAGCCAAGGAGCCCUACCCACAACAGCCGUGCAGCCUCGAGGCCCAGUCACCCCAACAAGCUGACCAAACGCCGGAGCACUCUGGAGAUCAAAGAGGGGGUGUACGACACUGGAAACAUCUACAGACGCAUGUUUUUGUAUUUUUCAGCUAUGGACGGUGUGCCCUUUGCGCUGCACCCGAAGUUUGACUGUCAGCCCAACGGCAAUAUACCCCUGGUCAACCUAAACAACAUUCAGAUCAAAUCAAUCACUGACAUCGAAAACGAGUACAACUACAGCUUCGCAGUGGAGAAGACGGCAGCUGACAGACCUCAAUUCAGGAGCGCGCUGCAGUCACUGGAAGCAUGAAGCUGAAGAACAGUGACUCGCUUGUAGCUAACACAGUCAUUCCAGGAGCCUGCACUGCACUUCCAUUAGCAGCGCAGGUCCUCCGUGCGUGUUACACACAGUCUGCAUCUUCCGUUUAAAACGUAAUAUCUGGUACUGCUUUCGCUUAUAGAAAGUUCUCUGUUUCUUUGCCUUGUUCUCGGGAUAUCUGUUGCACUUCCUGGGUCAUUUCAUCUCUGCAGAAGACGAAGCAUGUCAGUCAAUAGAGGAAGUAGCAGCAGCUGGUUUGUUAAUAACAGGAAGGAAGCCAAUAAAGGGGCGGGGACAAUUUCUCCUUCCAGGUGACCAAGGAAGUGCAAGGCUAACUGCAAACACAGCUUGCAAACAGAGAAUCCAUCCAUAUACUGUACCAAUGGAUUUACAAUCAAAUUUCUUUCAAAACUGCACACCUGUAUACCCCUGUCGGUCACAGUGUAUGUUAUUUACAUUUUUAUACGUUUUAAAACAGUUUGUGUAAACUCUUUGAAAAAAAACAUCUGUGCUUUAUACAAUACAUACAAAGAUAAGAAACUUAACACGGUACUGUUCUGUAUGCAGAGACUGAAGGGAAUAGAAAAAGAUAAUCAAUAAUCAAACCUCUCUCUCGUGCAAUAGACAUAUUUUCUGGCUAGCUGGCUUUUCCGUAUCACUGGGUCCAAGGGAGGCUCUGAACUCCUCUACAAUCCAAAGCCUCCCCAAACUGCAGGAUCAUAUGUGUAGAUCUCCUUAUGCUGCAGAACCGCUCUGAGAACUAGAACCGGAACGCAGAACCCGGGUCACAAGCUGUAUUUAUGUAAUUUGAUACAUUCUUUAUCAGUAUUUCUUAACAGAAUAUUGUAUGUGUUUUGGGGACAGUCUAGUUAGACGCGCCCGUAAUCAGAGCAGUGAAAUUCCACGCCGGCUGUGAAGCUCAACACAUAGAAAAUGGAGCUCCAUCACUGUGAGGAGAAACACCAAGAAAUGGAUCAUUUUUAGGGUUCAGUUUCUUAUUUUAUAUUGAGGUGUCAUGAAAGCAUCUGAAGGGCUGUAUUUGCAGAAUUGACAGUUGUGUUUAGACUUUUGCAAUUAAGAGAAUUAGAGUGAGUUACCAUUACAGUGUAGUUAAAGAGCAUAUUAAAAUAGCAGGUAGAUGCUACCAGUUAAAAACACUCCAAAACAUUACAAAGCAGCCUGUCCUCAAACGAGAGUAAUGGCACUUAAUGGGUUAAUAAGCAAACAUGUAUCUGUGAGCUUACAUAGGAUUCAAUGUACAUGGGCGAAAAAUACGAAUGUAGCAAUAGACAAGUUAAUAUCUACAGAUAGACCCUCUGCUAGUUCCAUUAAAGGUAAUACACUAUUUGUGUAGGCAAAAUUCCCAUCCCCAGAUGUUUGUCCCUGUAGGUCAGCUGGAGCCUGCAUUAGUUUUGAAUGACUGCAAUGGAGAGCCACUACAGAAGAGACUGCUGAAGCUUCUGCUUCACUAAACCGUGCCUGUUACACUACCGGUCCGUGGACCAGAUCCAGCUUUACAUUCAUUUAGUGCAAUGACUUCUCGCGAGUCCAAACCACAGACUUGGCAAGCUUUUAUAAAUAGUGAGCAUUUUAUCUCAGCUGGAGCUCAAAGGUGAAACAGCCAAGUAGAGAAAUGUUGCAGCUAGUGCCUUCUUCAGUGCACUGUAAAACACAUGCAACAAGUGCAUCAGAACAGUGUUUAAUAUAUAUAUAAAGGCAUUCGUACAAUAUGGAAAAAAGAACAGCGCAAAAGGGUUGUACUCCGAAUGGUGGCGCUGUUCUGUUAUACUGUUGUUACAGAGCAUACUAUGUAUAUAUUAAGCACACUGUGUGUAUGUCUUUGGAUAGUUCUGUGUAUCCACAUUCCUUGUGACCUGUAUGUAUUCUGGUGAGAGGUGUUGGGUUUCCCAGAAAAUGUUCUUCUUGAAUUCAAGAGAAAAUUAAAUACAAGUGCCUCCUCUU